CAGCGAUGCAGACACAAAGCCAUCAUCGCCUACCUUACUGCCAACAACCUUUCGAAUACCGCGUCGGCUCUGCGAACAGAGCUCAACCUUGGAGAGGAUGUGUUUGAUCCAGCAACCGCAAAGAAGUAUGAGGGGCUGCUAGAAAAGAAAUGGACGAGUGUUGUGCGGUUACAAAAGAAGAUCAUGGAUCUCGAGUCCCGGAAUAGCACUUUGCAAUCAGAGCUCGCAAACAGCACCCCCACGUCCCGACAAAAUAAAGAUCCAGUAGCCUGGUUGCCCAAAUCUCCAGCCCGCCACACGCUGCAAUCCCACCGAAAUCCAAUCACAUGCGUCGCCUUCCACCCAGUAUUCUCAUCACUGGCUUCCGGCUCGGAGGACCAAACCAUCAAGAUUUGGGACUGGGAGCUGGGCGAGCUCGAAAGGACGAUCAAAGGCCAUACCAAAGCUGUGCUCGAUGUCGAUUUCGGCGGACCUAGGGGAAACACCUUGCUUGCCUCGUGCAGCUCAGACUUGACCAUCAAGCUCUGGGACCCAUCAGACGACUACAAGAAUAUCCGAACGCUCCCUGGUCACGACCACAGCGUCAGCGCAGUUCGAUUCAUCCCGUCAGGGGUAGCAGGUGGUACCGGCAACCUCCUUGUCAGCGCGAGUCGAGACAAGACGUUGAGGAUAUGGGAUGUGAGCACAGGCUAUUGCGUAAAGACUCUUCGAGGACACGCCGAAUGGGUCCGUGAUGUCUGCCCAUCCAUUGACGGGAGGUUCAUCUUGUCGACAAGUGACGAUUAUACCGGCCGGUUGUGGGACGUCUCGAUACCGAACCCGGAGCCGAAGACCACACUGAUCGGACACGAGCACGUUGUGUUAUGUUGCGCCAUUGCUCCUGCGGCUGCUUAUCCACAUCUUGCCGCCAUGGCAGGGAUCAAGAAGCCACCAGCAACGAGUGCCGUAGAGUUCAUGGCGACCGGCUCAAGAGACAAAACGAUUCGGCUGUGGGAUGCGAGAGGGACGUGUAUCAAGAUAUUGGUGGGCCACGACAACUGGGUGCGGGGCCUUGUCUUCCACCCUGGUGGACAGUACUUGUUGUCGGUGGCUGAUGAUUAUACGUUGCGGUGCUGGGAUCUGACCCAGGAGGGUAGAUGUGUCAAGACGAUAGGGGACGCACACGGGCAUUUCGUGCAGUGUAUCCGGUGGGCGCCUUCGAUCGUCAAGGAUGUCCCGGCAGUCAAUGGUGAGGGCGCCAAUGGUGAAUCGAACGGGACACCAAGGAAAGCAGCGGGGGCUGCCGGUGCGGGUGGUGAGGCGCAGAUUCGGUGUGUCAUUGCGACAGGGAGUGUUGAUUUGAACGUGAGGAUUUUUGCCAACUGA